AUGUUGACGAUGGAGACGGAUCUCAAAGGCGGCAGCCUACAUGCCACAGUGCCGCCGCAUCACGCGCUUCAGCACGGCUACGGGUCGCUGGGCGCGCUCGGCGGCAUGAUGGCGCUGCCCCAACAGCAGUCGCUUGGACAACAUCAGCCGUUGCAGCACCAACAUCACCAGCCGUUGCCCCAACAUCACCCGCAGCCUCAACAACAGCACCAUCAACCACCAAAUAAUAACAACAACAAUAACAGCAAGAACUCUAACGCGGACCGUGUCAAGCGUCCGAUGAACGCGUUUAUGGUGUGGUCGCGAGGGCAACGCAGGAAGAUGGCCUCUGACAAUCCGAAAAUGCACAAUUCCGAAAUAUCUAAACGUCUCGGUGCACAAUGGAAAGAUCUCUCUGAAUCAGAGAAGCGACCGUUCAUCGACGAGGCGAAGAGACUUCGCGCUGUUCAUAUGAAGGAACAUCCUGAUUACAAAUAUAGACCACGGAGGAAGACGAAGACAUUAGCUAAGAAGCAGGAGAAAUACCCACUCGGUGGCGGUGGUUAUGGUGGCGGAUAUGGUUAUGGCGGAGGACAGAGUUCACCAUAUCUACCCCAGCCGCCGUCACCAUCUGCUUACGGACUUGGCCCCGGCUCACCGGGCGGGUACGCAUUGCCGCCAUCGUGUGCAUCGCAUUCCCCAAGUGGUUCAUCUGCAAAAUCUGAGCCGGUGUCGCCUGGCCCACCGGGCUUGAAACGCGAGUUUGUACCACACGAACCUCCAGCGCAGCUAAAACGUGAAUAUGCGCCGCACGCUCACGCGCAUGAACAGCUCGCUAUGAAGCGUGAAUACGGGCAACAGGACUUGAGUCACAUCAUCAACAUGUACCAUGUGCCCGACGAGCAGCGAUACGCGGCCGCCGGUGAGCGCGCGAUGCCUCUCAUCUGA